AUGGUGUCUGCUACCGCAAAAAAGCAUAAACAUAACACUACAAAAAGCAACGAAAAGGAUUUCGUCACUAUGGUGGAAAUAAACGGCGUAAAGAAAGUGGAAAAAGGAAUUACUGUAAACCCUGGACGCAGUAACGAAUACUUAAAAGAGAUUGAGGGUUCAUAUUCAUAUACCAACUUGUUUGGAGAUUAUGAAGAAGCAGUAUACACCUUUAAAAAUCCCACUUUGCACAUACAAAAAAAGAUAAACGGGAAGCCGAAAUGCACGUAUUCCAUGAAUUUGGAGGAUUCAGUAAUAACAUAUGACUCGUUUACUGCGAAGAUUGCCUCGCUGUAA